AUGGAAAAAUUGUGGGCUUGCUGGAAUGUUAGAGGUCUUGGGAAAGCCUCAAAGAGACACGCAACAAAGAUGGCCCUCAAUAAACUGAAACCUGUGGCGAUUUUUCUUCAAGAGACGAAGAUUAAUGAAAAUAAUGUGAAUAUCCUGGAAGGAUGGGCAAGAGGCAUGGAUUUUAAAGCUGAAACGGUUCCAGCAAAUGGGUCUGCUGGAGGGUUGAUUUCAAUGUGGAGGCACGGCUACUUUGACUUGAUAAGCACGACCAAGAAUCCAAGAUUCCUUGGCCUGACUGUGAAGUUCCCCAACAUCUCUGAACAAUGCUUGUUGAUAAACGUCUAUGGUCCUAAUUCAGAGGAUGAGAGGGGUGAUUUCUUCUCCGACCUCGGUUUACUUCUGAAUAAUCAUCAUGGACCCAUAGCGAUUGGCGGUGACUUCAAUGACACUCCAUGA